AUGUAUUCCACUAUCCCGACUAAAAAUCGUAUUUAAACCUAUGUAAAUACCCACUAUGAUGACAAACCAAGUUAUAAUUCUGAUGACAGCUCAGCUUAGGAAGCUUAAAGCAUUGGUUCAUUCACUGCAAAUAUUGCUUCUAACAGAUCAAGUCAAAAUAAAGAUGAUGAUGUUGAUGAGGAUAGCUAAUAAGAAUAGGAAAGAAGCUAUUCUUACACCAGAGCAAAGAUUCAUAAGAUUUAUGAAAUUAAGAAGAAACUAGAUCAAAGGAAGAAUAAGGAUUUUAAUGAGAAUUUGGUCAAUGAUAGAACCCAUUUCAAAUAGUAGAUAAGCAAGGGCACAAAACAAUAAACUACCGCUCAGUCGAGUUUUGGCUAAAAAUUAAAUAAUCAGACUAGUUCCUCAAUAUCACUAAGUAAAACUCCCUAAUAAACAAUUCGAGCCUAAAAUCUUCCUAUCAAUACUAAUUAUCACUAAAUAAACAACCCUGAAACAGAUAUUGAUAUGCGAUUAGAGGAGUAGGUAUGUCAAGACUCACUUGCUAAUUAUUCUAGAGAAUAAUAAGAGUUUAUACAUUCUAACAUUCAUGCAAUCGAUAGAGAUUAAGACAUGAUGGAAGAAUAAUAUAUUCCUUAGCAAGAGUAUCAAUUGAUUGCAAAAAGUCCUAUUAGAAACAAAGCUGAUUAAAAUGGUUAGUUAGUUUAAGUGAAAAGUAGCCCUGAAAAAAUUAGACAAGAAAGGUCAUUAAAAUCUUCUUUUUCAUCAAAAGACCAUGAAGAUGAUUUUCCUAAGAACAGCAAAUCAUAUCAAUAUUACAACAAUAAAUUUGAUUCCAAAUGUGAUCCUGAGAAUAUGCCUUUUAUCUUGAACAGAUAUCUUUAUCUAGCAACAAGAUUUUUCUUGCUUUAGAUUUUUUAAGUAAAAGAAGACUUAUAUCAUAAAAUGAAGACUGAAAAUGAUCAAAUCACUUAUGAGAUUUAAUAAUGUAGAAUAGAUUAUCAUGAAAACAAAUGCAAUCCUUCAACUAGAGUAAGAGCAUUAGAGUAGUUCUGCUAAGAUAAAGAAGUGUGUAUGAACAGAGAUCCCUAACUAAUUAAUAAAAACACCAAGAUAAUGGUCAAACUACUUGCAGAAAUUAUCAAUGACUUUUUUGAGCCUCUAACUUACAAGACUAUGGCAUUUAUGCUGUUAAGUGGAUUGUGCAUCUUUAUGUUCUCAGAAUGUCUUGGAAGGAGAACUAUCAGGUAACAGCCUCAUUAACAAUAAUCUUAAGUCUCUUGA